CUAACAUCGCGCGUUUAUUGGCCAGCAACUACUUUUGGUAUUGUCACAUUGUAGCACUGUACCUUCACAAGUUGUCUGUUGGUUAAACAUACGUGUAUGUAAAUACAAGAGCAUAUACUAGUGACCCGGCACAGACUCACAGAAUGAACGCUGCAUCAAUUUGUACAAUUGUUGUGAUUUUGCUGAGUGUGUAUCACGUGACUUGUAAAAACACAUGGAAGGCAGCUGUCAAAAAACUAGCCCCUCUCCAACCCGGGGCCGUCAAACACGCAAAGCAAAGGCGAACUGUUGACUGCUACAAUGGCCCAACUGGAACAGAUUAUCGUGGAACGUUUGGCAUAGCUAAUGGGAAGCCUUGCUUGGUUUGGUCAUCCAAUGUUAACUUUUUAAUUAACCCUACAACCUAUCCUAAUAAAGGCCUAGAGGGAGAAGAUAAUGCUUACUGUCGUAAUCCAGAUAACGACUUCAAACCGUGGUGCUAUACAAGCAACAUCACCGGUGCAUUUGCAUAUUGUGAUUUCGUUGAUUGCGAUAGCAUACCUCCUACAACUCAACCCCCGACCCCACCUCCUGGGGGGUAUGGGGAUCCACACAUGACAACGUUUGACGCCCUGAAAUACGACUUCCAAGGCUUCUGUAACUAUGUUCUUGUCAAGGAUUGCCAUUCAACAGAGCCUCGAUUUAAAAUCUCAGCUGAUUUCCGUGGGCGCAAUAAGCCGAACAAACCUCCUACCAGGAUGGUGGCAAUUACCAUAACUGCAAAGGGGUUGCCAACAAUACGUUUUUUGGAAAAUAACUCUUUUUUGAUUAAUGGUAAAUUGUACAACGGAACGGAAGCAGUAACUGGUCACAAGUUUGGUUCGGUUGUUCCAGAUGGUGGCACACUUCUCCUGAAUAUACCUCGUCUAAAACUUGCUGCUACAUGGAACGGGAAGCCUCAUAAAAUCACAAUAAAUUUAGGAGAUAGUGAUAUGCAUGGAAAGGUAUGUGGAUUGCUUGGCAAUUCUGAUGGGAAUCCAGAUAACGAUUUCAUCAAACCAGAUGGCACUAUGGCGUCUGAUGCCAAGGAGUUUGGAGAUAGCUGGGCUGUACCUGGCAGCUGUGUGUAAUAAGAUAAUGAAGAAUGUAGAAAACACGCUGAAGUGACUAGCCAAGCUUUGCUUCAAGACUUUGCAUGUGGGUGCACAGACUAUGGAUUCUUCUUCGUAUCAACUAGUUGUAAAUGUAGCUAUUUCAUCUAUUCAAGUAUUAAACGUAAACGUUUCAUUAGUGAA